AUGCCUGGAGGCCGAGCCAGGUCCGGACAACUUGAGCUCCAAAGUGGGGACUUGCUUUUUACCCUUAGGCCUCACGAUGUAGCACUGCUAGAAGAGGGAGCAGGGGGAGGGCUGCAGCUUUGCCAAGCGCCCGGGCCCGUUACUCUCCCACCGCCCCCGUGCGCUGCUGCCCCUCAGCCAGAGGCAGAGGAGGGCAGGCGGAGCGGAGGAGCGGAGCACGCCUUGCAGCAGGGGCAGCUCCGCCAAGGGGAAGGAGGGAGCGCCGGGCGCAGCAGCCCCGGGGGUGGGGGCUUCUCCCCGAGCCCUGACGUAAAAACUAAGCGGGGCUGCCCGCUCCGGCUUCUUAAGGAGCGCGGCGGCGGGCACGGAGAGCGCUACCCCGCCCUGCACGCCGGAGCGCCGAGUGACACAGUGGACCUCGGGAGCAGAGGAAGAACCCAAUGCAACAUGAGACUCACGUGCUCUCUGGUAAUCAUGGGAGCACUCUGUGUGAUACCUUUCCUCUGCCAUAGCCAAAUUGAUCCACUAGCUCUUGGGCGAGCUGACCCCCAGUGUUGGGAAUCCUCCUCAGUUGUCUUACUGGAGAUGAGGAAGCCUCGCAUUUCUGACUCUGUCAGUGGGUUUUGGGACUUCAUGAUCUUCCUGAAAUCAUCAGAGAACUUGAAACAUGGGGCUCUGUUCUGGGACCUGGCUCAGCUCUUCUGGGAUAUCUAUGUGGACUGCGUGCUCUCCAGAACCCAUGGCCUAGGAAAAAGGCAGCUAGCAGAAGCUGAACAGAUCGCUACUCUACGUUCUCUGUUCACAGAGCAAAACCAAGGGGCAUUUUCUCAUAGUCAGAAGUCACCAGUUCUGAAGAAGAAAGACUUGUUUGAAGAUUUAUCAAGUAUCCACAUGCAUAAGAGUAGAUCUACAUUACUUGGAAGAAUCAUUGGAGAGCUAGGGAAAAAGAGGAGAUGGCACAUUUAGUCCAAGGUCUUGAUUUGUACAUUUUUUUUAACUACUUCUCUUUAAUUUUUGCAUUUUAAUCCUCAUUGAUGUUAAUAUACAUGGUGGAAGAAGGCCUGUAACUGAGGACUGUAGCUCUGAUUAACUUGGACUUGUGGGGGUUUUUUUAAUUACCUAUGAAUUCAGUCUCCUUAAUAAACUGCAUGCUUUAUAAGCAGUUGCC